AUGCGUGUUGCAUUGGGAAACUUGCCACAGCUGUUGCCGCUGCUGCUGCUGUUGAGCUGUCUGCGCCUAGUUGCCACACUGAAUGACGCUCUGGCCGCACAGCUGGCAGAUGCAGAGGCUCAAGCAGAUGGAGAUUGGGAUGCAGAAGACUCCAAUGCGCCGCACAUACGCAAAAAACGGCUCGUUUGGAUUACGGAUGACGGUCGACUGGCGCUGCCGCCGGGCACAUCUCUAACGUUUACACCAACAAUUGCCAUGCCACUGGUACGACAUCCGCCCGAAGGCUUCUUCUCCAAUCUGACCAUCAGUUUUCCAGUGACAAUUGACUUUGACAAGCUCGGACUGACGGAUAAUCAAAAUCCUUUGGGAGAUUUGCCCUUUUUCGCGCGUUCCUUUGGCCACGGCGCGGGUCAAAUGGUCGGAGAGUAUGUCUCACGUUAUUUACAUGUCCAGCGAAGGAAACGUGAUCUCAGCGAGCAACGCAGCAGUUCCGAGGAGAAGAAACCCUUCAAGGUGUAUGAGGAGCUGUUGGAUUAUCCGGAGCUGCCUGCAGGAUUAAAGCACAUCUUCCAUGGCGGGGAGCGUGUCUUGCUUUACGGUGUCGUUGAGGACUUUUUGGCCACCUUUGGCAUGGAUGGCAAGGCCUGUCUAUUACGCACCAUUUGUGAGAUGCACUCGAGAAGCCUCGAGAAGUUUGGCGUCUUUGGCGAGAUGACAAAACUGUUUUUAACGGUUACCAAGUCGCCGUUUUCGGAGCUCAUUCCAGAGUAUGUGAGGGCCCAGCGUGUGGGGGAGGGGAAGCAGGCGCCGGGGGAAUGUUUCCCCUACUACAAAGCGUGUCCGAAGAGCAUUUUUAAGGCGCUGGCAAACAAAUACAGCGCACAGGCGACGACAACAACAACAGCAACAACAUCGACAGCAACAACAAGCAGGCCAGUGGGGGAGUAUCAGGAACAGCAGGCGGUGCUGUUGCCCAGCAGCAAGGAGCAGGAUCGGGAGCAGGAACUGGAACUGGAGCAGCUUAAUAUGAAUGCUCUUUACAUGUAAAUUGUGAACCUCUUCUAGUUUAAGCGGCAACAAGUAUACGACCUGUUGCCGAAAUGAGUGCACAUUGAAAGUCAUUAACAACUAAUUAAUUACUAAUAAUAAUUAGAGCGAUAAUUAUUUAUUGUAUUUGUAUUGUAACUAUUUAUUGAUUAGCUGUUAAGCGUUGUUAUUAACUUUUAGCGAAAUUAUCUUUGUUAUAUACCCUGUAAAUAAACAUUACUCCAUGUAACUCUGUCGCACAUACUAGUGCAGAAAUUGAAAUGAUAUAGACAAUAAUAAA